AUUGUGCAUCGUUGUGACUUGUGGGUGUGGCAGUCAGCUGAAGUAACAAAGAUCUCAUCUUUUAUAGAUUUUGCUUACCUUACUCAGAAUAUCUGUCGAGGGUUAGGUUUCCUAUAAAAUUUUUAUAAAUUUAUUUGUUUGAUUGGUCCAAUUGAAGAUGCGAGAAUCCGCAACAAAGCUACCCAGCAAUGUAAUGGCCGGAGAUGAUUCUUCUUCUUCUUCUUCUUCUUCUUCUUCUUCUUCUUCUUCUUCAUCUCAGGUAUUCAAAAAAUCUGACUUUUGUCUCUUUUAUACUUUUUUUUUUUCCGAACAAACUUCUGGGUUUGUGGAUUUUGAGGGUGAUCAUCAAGUUAAAGAAAGGAAUACUGGAGAUAUCCCAAGUUCUGAGACGUGUGGAAAGCGAAUGGAUCUUUCAGUCCAAAUUCCUCCAAGGCCCUCUACGGCUAGUGGCGGCCAGAAUCCAAAAGGUUCAUCAUUGAAAUCUCUAACUUCAUUCAAAGGCAGUGGUUCAUCGUCAUAUUCGGGAGGAAUCUUGCGAAGUUUAAGCUUAAACAAGAAAGUUUCUGUACCCGACAGCGAGAAAAGCUUCCUAUUAAGUCCCGGUCUUAUGGGUUCCACCGAAAUCCCCAUUGCCACAGAUUCAUCGGUUUUGCCUUACUGGAAGAGAUGCACUUCACUUCCUGCUACUCCUGCCACCAAAUUGUCUCCGGCGAUAUCUCAACCUGUUUCAGCUAGAAUGCCAGAAGAACAACCUAAAGCUAAUAAAGAUGUGGUCCGUCCAGCAGUUUCAAGAUCAAUUUCAAUGCCCGGAAGAAACAAAGUGAUCAUAAGAUCAAUCUCUUUUGACAGCUGCAAAGAGCAUGCUUCGACUGAGACCAGAAACGCUGAUCAAACCACUCCGGUUCCUCCGCAAGAUACGGAUGAAGAAAUCCCUGAGGAAGAAGCGGUAUGCAGGAUCUGUUUAGAUGUGUGUGAAGAAGGUAACACUCUGAGGAUGGAAUGCAGCUGCAAAGGCGACCUCAGGCUCGUGCAUGAAGAAUGCGCCAUUAAGUGGUUUAGGACGAAAAGGACGAGAAUCUGUGAUGUCUGCAGACAAGAAGUCCGGAACUUACCUGUGACUUUGCUCCGCGUCCCGUCCCAUAGUCAAAACAGCAGACAUGAACACAAUCAACGGAGCAUACAGACCCGAUCCAUCAGCGCCUGGCAAGAGUUUAUCGUGCUCGUUCUAGUCAGCUCGGUUUGCUACUUCUUCUUCCUUGAACAGUUACUGAUUCGUGACUUAGACACUCAAGCUAUAUUCAUCGCUGCCCCGUUUGCAUUUACUUUAGGCCUCUUAGCAUCCGUUUUCGCUAUCAUUCUCGCAAUCAGAGAAUACAUAUGGACAUACGCAGCUCUCGAGUUUGCACUGGUGUGCUUGUUCUCUCAUCUGCUAUACGCCACGGUGCGUCUACGUGCGAACUACGCGAUAACGUUUGCGGGAAUUCUUGGGUUCGGGAUAUCGGUGUGUCUAAACUCGUUGUACCUUUAUUGUUACGCAUGGCGUGUACGCGUUCAUAGGCAUAACUCGAAUCCAGUGUGAGUCCGUCUUUGUUCUUCCCUCUGAGUUCGUGUCUGGAAGAGCAAAACAAUGUCUGAAAACUCGGUGACUUGUAGAUAUGUAUUGUUCAUCUUAAAGGCAACGUGUGAGAGAUUUUCGUCCGAGCACGAGGAAUGGCUGCUGUUUUCUGUUUUUGGGCGUUAA